CACUUUUCCUGCGGAAUCUAUAUCAAGAGAUUUCGGAAGCAUAAUUUUUAACUUCUGGGGUUGCGAAUGAACGUGAAUCUUUGCGCCCCAAUUUAUUGUACAAAUAAAGUAGUGAUUAAUUCUUGUGCGACGCCUGUACAAACACAGACAGGUCUGUGCCACUGGUCCACAAAAUUAAAUAUUCAAUUGUUAAAGCAGGUCGUAACCUGAACGUCUGUGAAAUAAGUGAUGAUUGCUGUCAAAACAUUUUUUUACAGUGACUGAUUGUCAACAGGCUUGUGUUUUAUGUUUGACCUAUUUUGGGGGAAGCAGCAUGCAUGACUGGCGAGCCGCGCUAUAUCUCAGGAAGUGUAACUGCUCGAAGUGCGCAUGCCCAGCAGCUUGUAGGGAUGUAUUCGACUUCGUAAAAACGUAGGCUACUCUGGGAGGAUGGCACAAACCGAGGUGACAACGGUCUCUAUGGGGGACCUAGUGGUGGUGAAGGCUACUGAUGAAGAGAAUGGUGAUGAUGAGGACAGCAACACACAGGUCAUCCUCCAGCUACAACCAAUCACAGCAGGUAUGGAUGAGUCAGGAGAGACAGACACAGCUGUGGAGGCACACCCAGAAGAAGCCACAGUUGAUGGGGAGGAGGUAGAGCUGGGUUAUCCCAUCACAUGUGGAGAGUGUAAAGCUGUGCUGCUGGUCAAGAGGUUUGUCUGUCCUGGAAUAAACGUCAAAUGUGUCAAGUAUGAAGACCAACUGAUCAGUCCCAAGCAGUUUGUCCACAUGUCUGGGAAGGCUACACUGAAGGACUGGAAAAGAGCUAUCCGGAUGGGAGGGGUCAUGCUCAGGAAGAUGAUGGACUCGGGGCAGCUAGACUUCUAUGAACACAGCACUCUGUGCACCAACACGUGUCGUAGCACCAAGUUUGACCUGCUGAUCAACAACACACGCUUCCCCCCUGACGGCAGCGGACUCACCACGCCCAUCUCCUCACAAGCCCAGGUGGUGAUAGGUAAUGGUGGCCAGGUUGCCAUGACAACAGAGAAGAGGUCAGAUGUUCUGACUGGAACAAUGGAGUGGAGUUCAGGGGCUGUAGCCAUGGAGACAGAGAAGAAGGAAACCAGUGAGAUAUCAGAAGAGACAUUGAACUUCUGGAAAGGCAUAGCUGACGUGGGCCUGAUGGGGGAGGUGGUAGACAACAUCAGGACAGAGCUGUUGGAGAUGCUGAGAGGAGUGCAGCUACGCAGCGAGCAGGCUGCCCUGCAGGACGCGGAUUCCUGUCUGGUAGAGGUGGCAGUGUUGAGUAACCUGGCCCAGGUGUUUGGCCUGCUGGACUCAGUCAAACACAUCCUAAAUGUAAGGAGAGAACAGACUGACCCUGGAGAGGAGCAGGUCAUUAGCACACUGACCAACCUGGAGCUGCAGCUGGAGGAACAGAGACGACAGCAGCACUUCAGAGCUCAGCUCUGCCACCCCCAGCCCGACAACAACAUCAGUCACACCCCAGGAGGCAAACCCACCAAGCCCAAGGCCAAACGACCUCGCUUGCAACGGCCAGCCUCCACCACCCCCCUCACCUCUUCCCUCUCCCAGCCCCAGACAGCCACCCUGCAGCCCCAGCAGUUCACUGUACUUUCCCCCAUUUCAUUCUCUUCCAUGGGCCAGCCCUUCUCCCUGACUGGCUUGUCUGGCCUGUCAGGCCUCCCCAUGGCCACGCUGGGUCAACAGAACAACACGGUGACCCUCCACACCCUACCCGCUGGCACCCAGACCUUCACCCAAUACAUCACCACCAUGGUUGGGGCCGACGGCAAGACAGAGACUGUGACCCUCCAACCAUCCCAAGGGCUGACGCUGGUGGGCACCACCCUCCAGGACCCAAGUCAGCUGGGAGGAACCAUGAUGAGUCCCUUGGAGCUGGUCCAACUCACCCAGGGAGGGGUGACCGUCAGUGGGGAGACGAUGGUUGAGCAGCCCAUGGGCCAAGUUGUGGAAAGUGGGCCAAUGGUACUCCACCAGGAAGGGAUGAUACAGGAGGGAUUGGUGGAGGGAGUAGAGGACAAGAGCCAGGCACAAACGAUAGUGACCGAGAUUGACCCUGCCCCGGUUGACCAGACCAUGGGGGUGGUGAUGGAGCUACAGCUGGCCCAAGAAGGAAAGGCUGAGGUUGGGGAGGAGGGUUCCGCCAUGGUCGUCCAUGGUGGGAUGGAUGUCACCAUUGUCUCGGAGGAGGGGAAGGGAGGGGAGGGAAUGGUGGUUCAGGGGGAGGUUCUUGAAGCUGGGCAGCAGAGCCAGGUAGAAGGGGUAGAGAUGGAUGCUAACGGGCAGAUCUCAUGCCUAAGGAUAAUGGUGAUCGAGGAGGAGACUCGGGAAGAGGACCAGGCCAAAUGACCCAGCUCUGCAGACAGAGACAAUACCCUCUCCUCUCAAUGUUACCAUGUGAGACAGUAGUGAUGGACUAGCCUGGUUCCAGAUCUGUUUGUGCUGUCUUGCCAACUCUCUGUGACAAUGAUCAUAAGAGCUGGAAAAACAGCACAAACAGAGGGUGGACUCAUUGACAGAACAUAAAAGAGCAUGCAGGCAGACUUGUGGUGUGAGUAAGUGUUUGGAGUAUGCUUGGAGUAUGCUAUUUACACAGAGAGAUGCCAAAGACCUUGCCUUCUUAGAGGAGCUGUGGUCCUUAGCAGCUAGGCCAGGGUGUCCAUUAUUUUCAUUGUUGUUUCGGUCAUUUUUAUCAAAACGACAACACAGCCAGGCACGGUAUCUUAUGUUGUUUGCUUUGUAACACGUGUGUUACCCUUUUUGUGUGUGUGUGUGUGUGUGUGUGUGUGUGUGUGGGGCUAGAGGUCUACUGUGGGAUGACAGCAACAGUUCUAAAACAAUAAAGUCUGCUCUAUAUUUCUUUCAUUAAAUAGAAAGCAUACCACUCCUCCUCUGUGCAGCUUUUGGGAUUAAGUCUUUUCUGCAUUUUUUGUAAAACAAAACAAAGAUAAUAUGUUGAGCUCACUGUUGUCAGUUCUGUGAAUCGACACGUUGUAUUCUUCACUGGAAGCCUUUUCUUUUCAAGAUUUGCAUAAUGUUUCGCAUGAUUGUCUGUAUGGCGAUAAAUGCAGUACAUGUACAGUAUCAGUCAAAAGUUUGGACACACCUACUCAUUCAAAGGUUUUUCUUUAUUUUGACUAUUUUCUACAUUGUAGAAUAAUAGUGAAUACAUCAAAACUAUGAAAUAACACAAAGCACCAUCACACCUCCUCCAUGCUUCGUAGUGGGAACCACACAUGCAGAGAUCAUCUGUUGACCUACUGUGCUUCUCACAAAGACACGUCGAUUGGAACUAAAAAUCUAAAAUCUGGACUCAUCAGACCAAAGGACAGAUUUCCACUGGUGUAAUGUCAAUUGUUUGUGUUUCUUGGCCCAAGCAAGUCUCUUAUUAUUAUUUAGUAGUGGUUUCUUUGCAGCAAUUCAACCAUGAAGGGCUGAUUCACACAGUCUCCUCUGAACAGUUGAUGUUGAGAUGUGUCUG